AUUGUAUUACAUUAUAUUAUUAUCAAUAUUAUAUGUAUAUACAAUAUAUUAUAUGUAUAGGCAAUGACAUAUAUGCACACAUACAUGCAUACAUACAUGUACUCAAAGCCCUGGCAUGAUGCCCCAAAGCCAUGCCAUCCAAAGGCAAAUAUCUGAAUGAGGCAGCAACAGUUCAUUCUCCUCGCCUCGCUUCCUGAUUGGUCGGCAGCGCCAGCGGCCCUGGCCAAUGGGGAGCCGGUUCCUGUGUGCGCUCGGAUUGUUUUCCGGGUGAGGAACAAGGCGUGCAAAAAGGGUUCCGGGGGGGAGUGUUUGGUGCUUUUCCUUCCUCCCUCCUCCGAGGAGACCGGCUCCCAGUCCAGCGACGAGGGAAGCGGGAGAGGGCCUGGACCAUGGCGGCCGACUCGGACGUGCUCCACUUCCGUUUCGAGCAUCAGGGCGAGGCGGUGCUGCGGAAGAUGGACCUCCUGCGGCAGCAGAACCUCUUCUGCGACGUCUCCAUCUACAUCAACGACACGGAGUUCCCCGGGCACAAGGUGAUCUUUGCGGCCUGCUCCACCUUCAUGCGCGACCAGUUCCUGCUCAGCCAGUCGCAGCAGGUGCGCAUCACCAUCCUGCAGAGCGCCGAGGUCGGGCGCAAGCUGCUGCUCUCCUGCUACACGGGCGCGCUGGAGGUCAAGCGCAAGGAGCUGCUCAAGUACCUGACGGCCGCCAGCUACCUGCAGAUGGUCCACAUCGUGGAGAAGUGCUCCGAGGCGCUCUCCAAGUACCUGGAGAUGGACGCCGGCCUGGACGGUGACCGGUGCCACUCUUCGGACAUGGACGGAACCGCGGACGGAGACUGCGAGGUCAUCGAGAUCCCCGAAGACAGCCCCGUCCACGUCAAGCGGGAAAAAGGCCCGGAGAUCCCGCCCGUCGAGGACGAGGAGGAGAUCUGCGUCUUCCAAAUGGGACCCGACGUGGACGACGACGACGACAACAGCGAGCGCUUUGCGCAGCCGUCCACCUCCUCGGAAGCGAGUCUCUAUUUCCCGGAGACGCAGCACUCGCUGAUCAACUCGACGGUGGAGAGCCGGAUGUCGGCGCCCUUCCCGGGCUUCGGGGCGGAGGCCCCCGUGGCGGGAGCGGGGCCCCCGGGGGAGGCGGGCCCCUCGGCGUGGCGGCACCAGUGCCCCAAGUGCCCGCGCGGGUUCCUCCACCUGGAGAACUACCUGCGGCACCUGAAGAUGCACAAGCUGUUCCUGUGCCUGCAGUGCGGGAAGACCUUCACGCAGAAGAAGAACCUCAACCGGCACAUCCGGGGCCACAUGGGCAUCCGGCCCUUCCAGUGCGCGGUCUGCCUCAAGACCUUCACGGCCAAGAGCACCCUCCAGGACCACCUCAACAUCCACAGCGGGGACCGGCCCUACAAGUGCCACCUCUGCGACAUGGACUUCAAGCACAAGUCCGCCCUCAAGAAGCACCUCACCUCCGUCCACGCCAAGGCACCCCCCGGCAUGGGCGGCAUGGGGGGCCUUGGUGGCAUCGGCAUGGGCGGCAGCAUUGGCGGCGUCACCCAGGUCCGGAUAGACUACGACUAGCAGGCCCUUCCUUUGCACCCUUCCCUGCGAGAUCCUCGUCAAUACGAGUCCCACGAACUGUAUCCAAGAGGGGUGUCCACACUGUAUAUUCAUCCCCUUUUCAUCCCGCUUUAAGCAGCACGACUCCCUCCAAUAGGAAUUAUCGUUUGAUGGAAUAUUUGCAAUUUUCUGCUUUAAUGGACCGACAUAUACAUUAGUAACACCAAGGCAGAGGGUGCUGUGUUUUGUAUCGUUGGCUAGAUUUGUUUACACAUACAUAUAUAUACAUAUACAUACACAUAUACACACAGAUAUACAGACAGACAGAUAGACAUACAUACAUAGGCAUACAUAAACAUUAUAUAAAUAUAUUUACAAACACACAGAUAUACAUACAGACAGAUAGACAUACAUACACACACAUAUAGACAUACAUACAUAAACAUACGUAAACAUUAUAUAAAUAUAUUUACAUGCACACAGAUAUACAUACAGACAGAUAUACAUACAUACACAUAGACAUACAUACAUAGGCAUACAUAAACAUUAUAUAAAUAUAUUUACACAUACAUACACAUAUAGACAUACAGACAGAUAGACAUACAUACAUAGACAUACAUAAACAUUAUAUAAAUAUAUUUACACAUAAAUAUAUAUACAUACACAUAUACACACAGAUAUACAGACAGAUAUACAUACAUACACAUAUAGACAUACAUACAUAGACAUACAUAAACAUAAAUAUAUUUACACAUACACAAAUAUACAUAUACAUACACAUAUAGUAAGUAAGUAAAAGAUUUUUUGUAUACCACCUUCUCUUCCAAGAGGGACUCAGGGCAGUUUCCCAUACAAAAUCAGCAUAAAAACAUUGUACAAUAAAACACUGAAACACUAUAAAGCGCUAUAAGAGUACAAAAAAAAGCAUAACAAUUGGCUAAAAUAAUCACAUAAACAGAAACAAUAUAGUCACUCAAAAAUAUAUGAAUCACAGAGAGAAAAAAAUCCACUAGGAUGGAGAUAGGAUAGGAUAUACACACAGAUAUACAUAUAGACAGAUAUACAUACAUACAUACUCAUAUAGACAUACAUAGACAUACAUAAACAUAUAAAUAUAUUUACACAUACAUAUCUAUACAUACACAUACACAGAUAUACAUACACAAAUACAUAUACAUACACAUAUACACAGACAUACAUACAGACAUACAUAAAGAUUAUAUAAAUAUAUUUACACAUACAUACACAUAUAGACAUACAUACAUAGAAACAAAUAAACAUAUAAAUAUAUUUACACAUACAUAUCUAUACAUACACAGAUAUACAUACACAAAUACAUAUACAUACACAUAUACACACAGACAUACAUAUACAGAUAUACAUACAUACAUACUCAUAUAGACAUACAUACAUAGACAUACAUAAACAUAUAUAUUUACACAUAUACAUAUAUUUACAUACACAGAUACGCAUACACAUAUACACAGAUAUGCAUGCAGCCCGGAAAACUCACAGCAACCCAGCGUUAUGGCCACGGAAGCCUUCGACAACACAUAGACUGGGUCUUGGCUCGCUGCUUUAGAAUGCUGGGAUUUGUAGUUUCCCGGGGCACCACUGAAACGGACCUCGCGAAACUACAGCUCCCAUGAUCCCCAAGAGUGUACAUGGAUCCCACAUCGUGUUGUGACGUUUUGCCGCGAAUUUUUGUUCCAAAAUGUGCUGUGUCUUCCCCAAGAAUAUUUAUAUAUAAGUGAUAUAUAUGUGCCUGCGCUUUCUGUAUAUGGGUCCUAGAGUGGGAUGGCCAUCUGUCGGGAGGGCUUGGAUUGUGCCUUCCUUCCUGGAAGAAGAAAUGGGUCAAACUAGAUGUCCCCUUGGGGUCCCUUUGAACUCUAGGAUGCUAUGGUUCUAUAUUAUUAUUAUUAUUAUUAAUUUGAGCAGAGUCUGGAUGUGCGUCUGUCGGGAGGGCUUAGAUUGUGUCUUCGUGGGUUGAACCGGGUGGCCUCUUGGGGUCCCUGCUGUUUUGUUUUGCCUGGUUUCUUGCUCGUGACAAUAAAUUUCGCCCACCUUUAAUGGCUUA